AUGGCAAACUGGCAUAAGAUCGUUUCCCGUAAUAGUCGGCAACAUAGGCGUAUUGUAUGUUCAAAGUCAGAAAAUUUUCGGCGACGUCGAUCUCGAUGUCCUUCGGGUAGGCAAAGUGUAAAAAAUCGUCACUUAGUAAGAAAGCGUAUGUUAUUGCGCAAAGUGGAGGAAGAGAUAUUACUAAAAUGGAGCCAAAAAUGGGGAAAUAGCGGUGUAAGUGAUAAAUUGGUUUUGUUGGGCGGUGGGCGUGGAAGACCAAAAAGACCGGUUUUUCAACCAUUCAAUGUCAACAAAUUUGUUGAAAUUGUUGCUGAAAGAUUGGGAGUCGAUUCCAAAAGUAAAAAGGAUAUGUGGCAAUCAAUCGCACAAGAGUAUUAUGGAGAAAUUCGAGUGGAUAAGAAAAAAAUGAACAGACUGCGAAUGAUUUGGAGAAAAAAUAUUUUCAAUGUUCAUGAAAAGGUAGCCCAGAAAAAGUCAGGCUGUGGACAGCCAGCGACCGCAAACAGAAGUUAUAGCCCUCAAAAUUCUUUUAUGAACGUCAAUUCUUACAGUGCUGAAUCAGAUUUUAGUGACACUGAAUUAAACAAAGCCGAUGAAUAUGAGAAAAGAAAUGUUAUGAAUUACAGAUGCAACUCUAAUACCCAUUCAGGUAACUGCACGUUAACAGAAUUCUUUGGGAAUGUGUUUGGUCGAGCAGUAUCUUACGCGUAUAAAGAUCACAUGCAUGAUAGUGAUUUCACCUGUGGCGCGGAUUCAGUCGGUUCUAGCGAGUUUCGCGACUCAAAAGAUAUCAAUCCAGAUUUAUUGCGUCACUCUCCAUACGCCGAUGACUCGGAACAAAACAGCGAUGCUAAUAUCGAAAUGUCCUAUACAAGCGAUAUUGAAGAACCUGCAGACACCAAUCACAGCAGUCUUGACAGCGAAGUCGACGUUGAAAUGCCAGACGACUACGUUUACAACAUCGAUAGAGAUCAGUGUCAAUGUUAUAAGUCUUUGAAGGAAAAUGAAAACGGGCGCCUUUUCAAUACACCACAUCUUCUGGCAUCCACGGUUAAUGCGUUAUCAAGUAGUAAUAUACCGUCUUCGGGUACGUUUAAUGCUAAGCUUGUUCGACCUGUUUCUUAUGUUACACUUCCUUCAGAUUGGUUGAACAUACCUUUGAAGGGGAAAGAUGCAAGCACGCCAAAAUCGUUUUCAGGGAACUAUGCCACAUUAUUUCGUGAGAUAUUGAAGGCUUUUAACCUGUUUUGCUGUUUCGUAUUUAAGCGUAAUUACAUCAAAAGGGAAAAUUCUCGAAAAACCAGUUGUCCGUAUUGGCGAGGAACAGUGGUAUGCAAGCAUGAAGACGUUGUUUCUCACCUGACCAUUCAAGACCGUGACCAAAAUAUCCUCAGGAUCGAAUUCAUAGGGGACGUAAAACAUGACAUAACAAAGCCAAAAGCAACAAAAAUGUUAGGAGAGCAACGUGCGACAGCAAUCCAAGAAUACGAGCGGACAAACACUACGCCAUCAAAAUACCAUAGAGAUAAACUCGUGGAACUACCGUCGGAAGCUUUUCAAGCUGGCAACCGUUCUGGGGUUGGUGUAUCGCAUUCAACAAUAAAAAAUUUUUGUGCUGCCGCCAAAAAGAAAACGCAGUUUGAUAAAAAUCUGUGUACCGGUAUUUCUUGUCUUCAGCAGUCUGUAUCACGAGAAGAUGAAGAAGACGCUUUAAAAGUGGGACAUAUGUGGCGAAAGUUGUUCGGUUAUAUUCAGCACUUCAAUUUAACUGAUAACAUCAAUUUAGUGAUUUUCAACGAGGCGUCUGUUAGAGUUUACCACGAACUAGCAAAGUACGACAUUGUUUAUAUUGAUGCCACUGGAAAGUUAUUUUCUGCCGAAGGCCUCCUUGAUCGUGGUCGACUGUUAUACUAUGCCAUGGUCGUGCGACAUCCGUAUGCGAAAUACCCUCCUAUUCCUAUUGUAGAGUACAUUACGAGUUGCCACACCACAGAUUCAAUACGCGUAAUGUUGAGAACUUUGAAAGAAAAAGAGAAAGAAGUGUAUCCAAAUGUAUCUUGCUACCCUACACCUGCUGUAGUGACGACAGAUUUUAGUAUGGCAAUAAUUAACGCUUGUAUUAGGGAGUUUGCAAACGAGAAUGUGGAAGAUUACUUGACGAGAGGAUUUAAUAUCAUCAAUGGGCAUGCAAGUGGAGAAGACGCUGGAAAAACAAUAUUUCAUGUUUGUGCCGCGCAUAUGUUAAAGUUAAACAAAUUUCAUGUUAAGAAACUAUACGGGAAAGGGGAAACAGGAAGUAGCAAGGUUCACAUCGCAAUGCGUUUCUUUGGUCGAUUGUUGUACUGUUCAACACUUCAUGAGAUGACAAAUUUUGUCUCCCUUGGCUAUUACAUUUUUAAAAGUAAAUAUGACAACCCAACAUUAAACAGAAAACUGGAAGCAUUCUCCAAAGCCAUUCAUGAUUUCACCUUCCCCAUAGAUAUUGAUAGUGACCAGGAAGAUUUUAUAAUUGAAACGCCAAAUGAUGAUGCUGAGAGCUUAACAGAAACACUGUGCAGCCUAAAAGAAGGGAACGUCUGGAUUACUUUUUGGAACGAACAAUUAUCUGAUUUUGAAAUGAACGAAUCAAACAGUGGAAAAUCUAACAAAUACUUUAUGCCAAAAUACUUUGCUUUCAUUUUCAAAAACUAUCUACCAAGUUGCGUUUUGUGGUCACGCCUUCUUUUCAGUGAUUUAACGCGCUUUAAUGAGAAAUAUAUAGCAAGAACAGCAAUGAAUAACUUCAAUAUUAAGCAGCGAAAUUAUCUUCAGGACAACAACACAAACGGUCAAGUUGAAGACUUUUUUCAUAUAAAGAAAAACUGUUCCUUCAAGGGAAGACGAAACAUGCGAUUGGAUACUUUUAUUGCAGAGAACUGGAAAGACAAUAAAGGGCUUCAAAGGCAGUUUGUCGAUGGAUUGCUGAAAUCGGAUGAGUUAUGCUUUUCAAAUAGUAGGUCUAUCGAGAAACUGUCACUUAUUUGUGGCAUGGAAAAGUCUUCAAACAGUAAUGGUAACUUACCGUUAGAAGAGGACAGCUCGUUUGAUGGCGAAAUUACCCAACCGCAACCUGUAGAAGAAUGGAAUAAAUCGUCUCCACAAUUUAAAAGAAAAAAUAAGAAAGGUAAAUAUCUUUCACCGUCUCAGACAAAGCUGAACUUCAGGCCAGUGGCUGUGAAAACAGCAACAGAAUCGCAUGCAACACAAAAGCUCGACUGUAGCAGUAAGGAGUUCAAGAUAUUUGAACAAAAGAUAAGUUCUGAAGUAGCUCAAAGAAAACAUGGUUUCAAAAACGUGAAGAACGAAGUAAAAAAAAUAUGGAAAGGCUUGACAAAUGUACAGAAGAAACAAUACUCCUUCAUUAAACCCGGUAAGUGUGACAACAACCUUACGAAAGGAAGCUACGAAGAUACCUACACAGGAGUACAUUGCAUUUGCAGACAAAAUAUAGAAAUGGGCAAUAAUGUCAAAUGCAUUCUUUGUCAAGAAAUUUUUCAUUGUCGUUGUGUCAAGUUCUGCCCCGCCUUAGCCAAUCUUCUCACGACAAAUUACGUAUGUGCUUCGUGUGUGAAUAGCCAUUAUUUAGCGAAAUGUAUUCUGAAAUCAAUGAAAAUCAUAGGAAAUACCUCACUUCCCUAGUUCAAUGGCACAUUUUUUGCCUAAACAGGUGCCUUUCUUCAGAAUGUGCGGGAGAUCAUUCAUGCCAUGGAAUUUAUCAAUUGAUAUUCCUAGGCAUAGUGAUAAAAUUGAGCUGUGGUCUCUUAUAAGAACGUUAACUUUUGGAAGAUUAUCUACGGAUUAUCCUGCUUCCCAUUACGUUGAGCUUUGCCAUAAAAUACCCGAUAUGUCAGUCAUAACAAUUAAUUGUGUCAAGUGGAACGGAAACACCAGAAUUAAAAUCAAUACACCUAUAUUUUGUGGUGAACGCAUAAAUUGUAGAGGUACAACAACAACCGACUACGAUGAGAACGAUAUAAUGUAUAGUCUAUUUGAUGCUGUUCUCCAUUAUGGUUCUAGUGCUAAAAAGGAACAUUUCGUUAGCUAUAUAUUCCAUGCAGAUCACACAGCAACGCUUUACGAUGACACGGUUGUCAGGGAGUGUGAUAUGCAAGAAAUACUGCAGUCUCAAGCAUUCCUACAAAAUGUGUACAUAUGUUUUUACAUCAAAGGGGAUCGUUGGCGUGAGAGCGAAAAUGAUGCGGUCAGUUAUACCGAAAAGAGAAGUGAUGUUCCAUGGUAUCUAAAGGAAAGUGAUAUUCAACGGGUUACCAAAAAGUCUGGAAUUACCAAAAGAAGGUAG